AUGGCAUGCUCCGACCCUGAGGACGAUCUCAUCAAUCGCACCAGCUACACGCUGCUGAGCCGAGCAACGCUCCUGCUGAGAGCCCCCCCUUCGUCCAAGUCCUCUUCCCUUCUCUCUGUCCUGGUUCACUCCUUUUGCUUUGCUCCUCCCCGUCGUCCUCUCUCUUUUGAGUCAACUCAAAACUCUCUUCCCCUUCAGUUCUCUCCUGCUUUGCUCCCUAUCCAUCUUCCUCUCUCUUUUGAGUCGACUCAAAACUCUCUUCCCCUUCAGUUCUCUCCUGCUUUGCUCCCUAUCCAUCUUCCUCUCUCUUUUCUCU